AUGAGCGCCCAGAAGGCUGCAACGGGUUUCAGUCGGCGGAGAGGCAUGAUGUCCUGUCUCCUCCUCCGGUUCGCCGACGACACAUACACGGAGAGUUACAUUAGCACCAUCGGUGUGGACUUCAAGAUCAGGACAAUUGAGCUCGAGGGAAAGACUGUCAAACUCCAGAUUUGGGAUACCGCAGGCCAGGAGCGCUUCCGAACGAUCACCUCCUCGUACUACCGCGGCGCCCAUGGUAUCAUCGUCGUAUACGAUGUCACUGACAACGACACUUUCACAAAUGUCAAGCAGUGGCUGCAGGAGAUUGACCGCUAUGCCUCCGAAGGUGUCAACAAGCUUCUUGUCGGCAACAAGUCGGACUUGACUGGCAAGAAGGUCGUCGAGUACUCGGUGGCGAAGGCACGAAUUCGCCGACCAGCUCACGAUUCCCUUCCUCGAGACGUCGGCCAAGAACGCCACCAACGUCGAGCAGGCGUUCUUGACAAUGGCCAAGCAGAUCAAGGACCGGAUGGGGUCCUCUUCGACACCCGCUGGCGCCGCCGGCAAAUCGUCUACGAUCACUCCUGGGCAGACGAUGACGCAACAGCAAUCAUCCGGCUGCUGCUGAUGUUCGAGCCUGCGCUCACCCGCAAGACGGGGAAGGACGUCGAUAAGCGGCAAAGGCUGAUCCAGAAAGCUUUGCUCGUCUACGCCAACAAGUUCCAGACGCGUCCCCUCUACGACGGCGGCAGCCUGAUGUAUUCGUCCUCCGCCAUCGAAACUGGAACCUACCGCGUCCAUGCGCAUCGCCAGGAAGCAUCUGCCGAGGCUGCUGGGUGGUACAACAUCAAAAUUAUCCGCACGGCUGGCCAGGAGAUCGAUCCCACAAUUUUGCUGCGACCGGGCAAUCACCCCGACAAGCUCGCUGCGACCAAUCUGCUGCAGCUGGUCCUGAUCCAGGCGUCUCAGGAGGAGUAUUUUUCGAAAGGCAAGAGCUACUUCACCCCGGUCGGGUUGCGCGCGCCGACUCGCAUGCCGAUCGAGCUCUGGUCGGGGUACUCCCAGGCCAUGCGCCCGGCCCGAGGCGGCAUGCUCGUGACCGUCGACACCGCGGUCGCGGCGUUCUACAAACGCGGGUCCCUGAUCGACCUGUCGCUCGAGGUCCUCGGGUCCAACAACGUUCGCGACCUGGCCAUCUCGGAUCCCGGCCACCGGGCGCUCGUCACGCUCACUGCGUUCUUCCACAAGCGGCAUAUCAGGACGCGCACGGCCGAGUCGAGGAUCAAAACGAUUCGUGAGCUGUACCCGGGGCCAGUCGGCAGCUACUCGUUCAAGAACGACAAGAUGGGGAGGAGCACAACGAUUGCUGAAUACUUCCAGAGACAGUACAACAUCCGCCUGCAACACCCCGAGCUGUUCGGGGUUGUGAUUUCGACACCCAAGUCUACUUACCAUCCGGUCAUCAUCCCGGUCGAGCUUUGUGUCAUGGUCGAAGGCCAGUUCUACAAGAAGACGCUCAGCGGCCAGGCCACGUCGGAAAUGAUCAAGAUGUCGGCCCUGCCCCCGAAAGAACGUCUCGCCACCGUCCAAGGCAUCGCCGGGACCAACGCUCAGCACUCUCCUGUGCGCCGCUUUGCUGCUAGCCAGCACAUGCGAGAAGCCGGGAUGGACAUCGACACGGCUCCACUGGUCGUGGAUGGCACGUAUCUGGGCGUUCCUGCGCUCGACUUUGGCUCGGGAUCGGUGACACCGCGUGACGGCGCCUGGAAUGUGAUGAACACGACGUUCUUCAAGGCCAAGGCGCUCGACCGGUGGGCUGUGCUGAACCUCGACCCGCGCGGAAUCCACCAGAAUCUGCUCGCCAAAACCAUCGGAGACUUGAUGGGUUGUUGCCGCAAACUAGGUGAGUCUGUCAAUGGCAUGGCAGUCAGAGAGCCCACCAAGGUCGACACUGUCAAUCCGAUGCAAGCAAAGGAGGCGAUGGAAAACAUCUGUCGAGACCUCGGCGGAGCCGCAAAAGUGGAGAUCAUCAUCGUGCUGCUCCCAGCCAAGGCAGAUGAUCCCCGAGUGGCCGUCAAGUACACCGCUGACAUAGAACUGGGCAAGCGUCCGCACUCAAUGUCUCAACGAGGAGAAGCUGCGUCGCGGAAACAACCAAUACUUCAACAAUAUCGCUCUCAAAUCCACAGGAUCAACGCUCGCCUCGGGGGUGUCAACGCACGGACCAACUCGUCCGCACUGCAGAAAGCAUGCAGUGUCCCUGUCAUGAUAUUCGGCGCCGACGUCAACCACCCCAGCCCGGGCUCGUCGAGCGUUUCCGUCGCCAGUGUCGUCUGGUCGUUCGACGAGCUUGGCACGCGAUAUUGUGCAACGUCCCGGGUCCAGGCGCCCCGCCUCGAGAUCAUCGAGCCCGAAUCCCUCCAGGAAAUGGUCGCCGGUGCGCUGUCCAUGUUCGGGCAGCGGAACAGAAGGUCGCCUGCGCGCAUCUACUUUUACCGCGACGGCGUCUCCGAGGGCGAGUUUGAGAAUGUCAAGGCGUUCGAGAUCAAGGCCAUCAAAGAUGCGAUAGACCAAGUCUGGACACGAUUCAAUAUCCCGGAUCCCAAGCCGAAGUUGACCUUGAUCGUUGUUGGCAAACGGCACCACGUCUCCUUCUUUCCCGACAAGCCUUCCGCUGGUGACAAAACGGGCAAUUGCAAGGCCGGACUCGUCGUUUCGGACAAACUGGCGAAUCCGUACUACGAGGACUUUUACCUGCAGUCGCAUGCUGCUAUCAAAGGCACAUCGCGCUCGGCGCAUUACAUCGUCUUGCUGAAUGAGAUGGGGGACAGCAUGCAGCAAUUGCAAGACUUGUCCUUUGCGCUAUGCCACGUUUAUGCGAAGGCGACUCGUUCGGUGUCCAUUCCGGCGCCAGUCUACUAUGCUGAUCUCGCCUGUGCUCGCGGCAAGUAUCACAUGGACCCUUCCGAGGGGCUGCAUUUCGACACCGCGAGCAACGCAAGCGGAGAGCGUGAGAUCAACCUCGAUCAAUGGUGCAAGGCGUUUCGCCAGGUCCAUUCUAACAUCCAGGGGAGCAUGUACUUUUUGUAG